CCAGAAGAGCAUCGCAGUUGCUGGCCAUUUCCCAAAACAGAAGAAAAUGAGCAAUGCCCAGGACUCUAUUAUUACAGGAAACCCUGUCAUUCAAGGAUGUGGCUGUGGACUUCACCUGGGAGGAGUGGCAGCUCCUGGCCCCUGCUCAGAAGGACCUGUACCGGCACGUGAUGUUAGAGAACUACAGCAAUCUGGUGUCACUGGGGUAUCAAGCCAGCAAACCAGAUGCACUCUCCAGGUUGGAACGAGGGGAAGAACCGUGGACAAUAGAAGAUGAAAUCCACAGCCGAACCUGUCCAGAAACUGGCAAAGUUGAUAAUCAUCUGCAGGGUCGCUGGGAAAGUCAAAGAAUGCUGAAAGGUAUGGAACAACACCACGAAGACAAUGCAUUUGGAAAUAUUGUUCCUCAAAGCAAAAGUCAUUUUCCUGUCAGGCAAAAUCAUAGGUUCAAGUUCUAUAUAAAAACUUUGAAAUCAAAUUUAAGUUUAGUCAACCAGAGCAAAAGCUAUGAAAUGAAGAACUCUAUUAAAUUUAAUGGAGAUGGGAUCUUAUUUCUUCCUGGAAAGCAUGAAGAUUUUCAUUCUCCAGUUAAAUACCCUGUAAGUGCAAAACCCAUUAGCAAUAAGUCCCAAGUCAUUAAGCAUCAGAGAACUCAUGAAAUACAGAAAGCUAAUGUAUGCAGUGAAUGUGGGAAAGCCUUCUUUAAGAAGUCUCAGCUCACUGAUCAUCAGAGAGUUCAUACAGGAGAGAAACCUUACGGAUGCAAUCUGUGUGCGAAAGUAUUCUCCAGAAAGUCCAGGCUCAACGAACAUCAGAGAAUUCAUAAAAGAGAGAAAUCCCUUAUAUGCAGUGAUUGUGGAAAAGUCUUCACCAUGAAGAGCCGUCUGAUUGAACACCAGCGAACUCACACUGGAGAGAAACCCUAUGUAUGCAGUGAAUGUGGAAAAGGCUUCCCAGGGAAGCGUAAUCUCAUUGUACACCAGCGAAAUCAUACUGGAGAGAAAUGCUAUGUAUGUAGUGACUGUGGAAAAGGCUUCACUGGGAAGAGCAUGCUCAUCAUACAUCAGCGAACUCAUACAGGAGAGAAACCCUACAUCUGCAGUGAAUGUGGGAAAGGCUUCACCACAAAGCACUAUGUCAUCAUACAUCAGCGAAAUCAUACAGGAGAGAAACCGUAUAUAUGCAGUGAAUGUGGGAAGGGUUUCACCAUGAAGAGUCGCCUGACUGAACAUCAGCGAACUCAUACAGGAGAGAAACCCUAUGUAUGCAGUGAAUGUGGAAAAGGCUUUCCCAGGAAGAGCAAUCUCAUUGUACAUCAGAGAAAUCAUACAGUAGACAAAUCCUACGUAUGUAGUGAAUGUGGAAAAGGCUUCACUGUGAAGAGCAUGCUCAUCAUACAUCAGCGAACUCAUACUGGAGAGAAACCCUACAUCUGCAGUGAAUGUGGGAAAGGCUUCCCCUUGAAGAGUCGGCUGGUUGUACAUCAGCGAACGCAUACUGGAGAGAAACCUUACAGAUGCAGUGAAUGUGGGAAAGGUUUCAUCGUGAAUAGUGGACUGAUGUUACAUCAGCGAACUCACACUGGAGAGAAACCCUAUAUAUGCAAGAAAUGCGGAAAAGGUUUUGCCUUUAAGAGCAAUCUUGUGGUACAUCAACGAACUCAUACUGGAGAGAAGCCCUUUAUGUGCAGUGAAUGUGGGAAAGGCUUCACCAUGAAACGCUAUCUCAUCGUACAUCAGCAAAUUCACACAGAAGAGAAAUCCUAUAUAUGCAGUGAAUGUGGAAAAGGCUUUGCCAUGGAAAAUGAGCUCAUUUUACAUCAGCAGAUUCAUACUGGAGAGAAACCUUAUGCAUGCAAUGAAUGUGGUAAAGGCUUCACUGUGAAAAGCCGUCUAAUCGUUCAUCAGCGAACUCAUACAGGAGAGAAACCUUUUAUAUGCAGCGAAUGUGGAAAAGGCUUCUCCUCAAAGAGAAAUCUCCUUGUACAUCAGAGAACUCAUAAUGGAAACAAACCCUAACCAUGCAAUGAAUAUGGUUACACCUUCAGGAAGAAAAUACACCUUGUGUAACACCAGAGAUUUCACAGAGGAUAGACUUCCUUUAUAUGUACUGACUGUGGAAAAUCCUAUUCCUACAGUAUUGGUCUCAUUACCCAGCAGGGAAUUUACCCAGGAGACAAAUGGUAUGUAUGUAAUCAAUGUGAAAAAGACUUCAACGUGAAUUCAGCACCCAUCAAAGAACUUACUAAAGAGAGAGACCCUAUGGAUUCAGCGAUUGGAGGUAACCUUUCUCUCAUUUGUUAAGCCUUGAUAAAAAUAUGACAAUACAUAUGAGAAAUGUAUAAAUCAAGGUACAUAAUCCAUUGCAGAGAAUCUGAAUUCAUUCCAUACAAGUGAACUCUUGCAGGGGACAAACCAUGAUGGUUCAGUGAACUCAUUAAACAUCAGUAUGCUCCUAGCCUACUUGAAUAUGGUCAGUGUAGAUUAGCCUGUUGCUAGAUUUUUCACCCUUGGGAAAUUAUGGAAUUUGCAUAGGAGUGAAAUUUAAUGAAUGCAGAGAAUGUGCUAGUGCCUUCAGUGAUCAAUUACCUCAUGUUGUAUGUUAAAAUUUACGUAGAGAAAAACUGAAACAUUCAAUGCAGAAAAGGCUUGAAGAAACAUUUCUAGGUAAUUAGAUGUCUGAAAAGUAUGUACUAGGAUAAAUCUUAUGAAGGGAGAGAGCAGGAAAGCCUUCUAUGGAAAUAAAGAGUGUAUCUCAUCAGUGAUCCUAAGACAUCACCAGUGAGCUCAUACACAGUAGAUGAUCAUGGGAAAGCCUUUGCCUAGAAAUAAAACCCCAAUAGUUGCCUGAUAUUCAUGCUAGAGAAACAUUUUCAGAUGGCAAUCAAUAUGCCAGGAAUUCAGUGAUACUUUCUGUCUCAUCAUUUCUCAUGAAUUCAUACAGAAAUAAAACUGUAUGAACAUACUCAAUGUGGCAUAACUUCAGCAAAAUAGCAUAGAAUUCUGAAGGAAAGAAGCCUUGUGAAAAUGAUGUAUACUUGAGUUUUUUAUUACCAGGAUAUCACCUGAUAUCCAUUUUGGGACAGGAUACCUUGAACCAAAUUCUCAAUGAUUCCAUAAUUUUAAAGUAGCCUAUUCUCAACACUGAUUGAAUUUUUUUUUUUUUUGUGAGGAAGAUCAGCCUUGAGCUAACAUCCAUGCCAAUCCAUCUCUUUUGUUUGCUGAGGAAGACUGGCCCUGUGCUAACAUUUAUUGCCAAUCUUCCUCCUUUUUUUUUUUUCUUCCCUUUUUUCUCCCCAAAGCCCCAGUAGAUAGUUGUAUGUUAUAGUUGCACAUCCUUCUAGUUGCUCUAUGUGGGACGCCGCCUCAGCACGGCCCGACAAGAGGUGCAUUGGUGUGCACCCGGGAUCCGGACCCAGGCCGCCAGUAGUGGAGCGCACACACUUAACCACUAAGCCACGGGGCCGGCCCCAAAUUUUAAUGUUAUAUACGAUGCAGGGGUGUUCUGUGCUCACCUCGUAUCAUUAUAUGAUUAGCCCUUGCAUUUGUUAGGCUCUAAAUUCAUCUCUUUCAGUCUGCUAUGUACUUCAAAAGAAAAAGGAGUAUAUUCAUAAAUGUAAUUCAGUAUAUUUGGAUGUAUUUAUCCAAGUUUAUAAGUAGCAUUAAGUAGUUUAUAAAAGCACCUUAAAUAUGAUUUUUCUAAAAUUUGUUUCGAAAUAAUUUUAGACUCACAAGAAAUUAUAAAAUAUACAAAGUUGCUGAGUACCUUUGCUCAGCUUCUUCAGUGAUAUUUUUACAUAACCAUACUACAUAGUCAAAACCAAUAAUAUGACAUUGGUACAAUGCUGUUAAGUAAACUAUAGAUCUUAUUUGGAUUUCACUAGUUUUUGCAUGCACUAAUUUGUGUGAGGUUUUUUCUGUUUUGUUUUUUGGUGUAGAGUUCUAAGAAAUUUUAUCACAUAUAUAGAUUUAUGUAAAUCCCACCACAAGCAGGAUGCAGAAUUGUGCCAACAUGAAGAAACAUCCUCGUGCUACCCCUUUAUGGUCACACUCUGCCCCCAACCCUGACCCAUGGUGACCACUGAUGAGUACUCCACCACUCUAAAUUUUGUCAUUUCAAGAACACUGUUAAAAUGGAAUCAUACAGUAUGUAACCUUUGAGGUAGGCUUUCUUUCACUCAGCAAAUGGCCCUUAAGAUCUAUCCAAUUUGUUGAGCAUAUAAAUAGAUUUACUUUUUGUUACUGAGUGGUAUUCUUUGGUAUGGAUGUCCCAUGGUUGGUUUGUCCAUUCACUGAUGACAGACAUUUGGGUUAUUUCCAGUGUUUUACUGUUAUGAAUAAAGAUGCUAUAAACAUUUGUCUACCCAAUUUUGUGUGAACGUAAGUUUUCCUUUCUCUGGGCUAAAUACCCAGGAGUCACAUGUUAAGUUUGUGUUUAACUUUAUAAGAAACUGCUAAAUUUUCUAGAGUGGCUGUACUAAUUUACAUUCCCACCAGCAGUGUAGGAACGCUUCACUGGUUCAUAUCCUUUCUAGCACUUGGCACUGUCAUAUUUGAGUCUAGCCAUCCUGUCGGGUGUGUGGGAGUAUAUAAUGAUGGCCUUGACUUACAUUUCCCUAACAGCAAAUGAUGUUCAACACCUCUGUGGACAUUGAGAACCACAUUGGGUAAUGUCAUCAUUUUUGCUUUCAACCAUUAAACAUAAUCUAAAAAACUCAAAUGGAGAAUAGCCUAUUAUAUGUGGUGAUAUAUUUACCCUUUGUAUUCCUUUUUCUUAUUCCUGAUGUUACACGUUUCCU